AUAAAAGGAGGAAAACUAACCACUAUCCACAAACCACACUUUUGUCAUGGGUAACAGGGAGAUUGCUCGCCUUCUUGUGCUGUCGGCCUUUGUAGCAUUAUGUGCUGUUGUGUUGUUUUCCACAGACACAGAAGCAGCAGUUAUCAAAAAGGCACAGGACAAACAUGUCAGCCCUCCUAAAAAACUAGCAAUUCCCUACAAAAAGCAAGUAAGAGGGGGUAACAAAGGAAACUGGAAAUAUGGUCUGGGUAAAAGAAGAAACAGAGGACGACGAAUCUACAGAGGUAGAGCUAGGGGCAAUUAUCGAUUCGGCAAAACGAAGAGAUUUCAACGAUUUAGAGGGGAAAAAAGGUCCAGGGGACUAGCGAGGGGGAAAUACUCAUUUGGGAGGGGGAAAGGGAGAAACGGGUCACGAGGACUUAGAAAGUACAGAGGCAAAAGUGUUGGGCGGGGCCGUGGAAGAAAAUAUGGACGCGGUGGCAGGGGGCGUGGCCAAAGAAAGUACCGUGGUCAUAGAAAGGGCCGUGGUCGAGGAAAGGGGCGUGGCCGAGAGAAAGGGCGUGGCCGAGGAAAAGGUCAAGAUCGAUGGCGAAGCUAUCGUAAGCGUGGUUAAAAACACUCUUGUUGGUGUAUAUGAUACAGGCAAAAAAAUGAAAUAAAAUUUUACUUCACUGCA